AUGGCCACCACUGCUUCGUUUCCUCCCUUGAAAAAGACUACACUCCAACUGCACGACCAUCAACAACCCGGCCGUCGAUUGAGCAUUCGGAAAGUGUCAACAGAUAGGAGAAUGUCAAUCGCAUCAAUGAAUAGCAACGGCGAGGGUUCUCGAAAAAGGGCUUCAGUGGCUUCGCUGGGCGCUAUGACGCAGACGGGUCGACGAUUGUCGCGAAUUGGUUCCAUAUGGGGCACUGGUGGUGGGAAGGCGGUGACCGCACCUAGUCAACAAAGCAACCAACGUCCACAAAUUAAGUAUGAAAACACGUACAAGAUGAAGCCGGACUCCAACUGCAAGUUCGACAUCACCAAAGUAAGAAAGAUUAUAAAGUCCAACAUGGAAUUAAUGCUCGCCGAUACGAGAUACAACCCAGUGUCGGCAAAGGUAGCCUCCACCCAACUCAGUGAACAGAUAAAACAGAGCGUGAGAGAUCAGGGCUACGCGAGGUAUAAACUUGUCUGCCACGUGUUUAUCGGUGAACGCAAAGGCCAAGGACUAGAAGUUGCCAGCCAGUCUGUUUGGGACGCGAGCACCGACAAUUUCGCUACAGAAAGUUAUGAAAAUUCAUCUCUAUAUGCCGUGGCAUCCGUUUAUGGGAUUUAUUACGAGUAG